AUGAAGAUCUUAGCGCACGUCCCUUUGAAGCGCUCCCCCGAUGGACAGUGUCUCUUCGCCGAUGCCGAGCUGCCAAAUGUUGUCUUUGAAGUUGCAUACAGCCAGGACCCAAAGCAACUCCCCAAGCUCGCCAAAGGGUAUAUCCAUCAUUCCUGGGGAGAUAUUAAGGCAGUUCUUUGUUUUACCAUCGCAAAGUCGAAGGAGUCCACCGUUUCAGUGUGGGAGCCUGCAUUCUACCCAGAAGCAGGCAGCGAUGAGGUCACGAUGGAGAUAGAGCAGGUGGCCAAGUCACAAGUAUGUCCAUAUUUGUCCAUCAAUAGGAUCGAUCAACUGACAGUCCUAGUCUUCCGAACAGCUGACGGAACCCCGAUCAAUCAGGACUACGAACUUGUCCUCGAUCUUCACGACUUUAUCCCUGAUCCAGAUUGCGAUAGGUACCCGAACCCCCCCAUCUCGAUUCCGUACUCGAAGCUGUACGAAUCCCUCUUGGAAGCCGAACGGCGGUCUAAGCCGCGCCGCAAAUUCUCGCACUCCAAGCGCGGUGUGAAGCGGAGUCGCCUGUCCUCGGAUUCCGUUGAAUCCGUGGCUGAGGAGGACAGAAAGCAGUGGAAUGCCAAGGAUCGCGCGACGAGGGACAAGCGAGAUGCAGAAGACUGGGAUUAUCUGGAACUCAACGAUGAACAGACACCCAACGUCGAACAGAUACUCGAUGACGAGCACAGACUCAAUGACGAACAGAGACCUGCUAAACGUUCACAACAGGGACGUGCCUGCACCAAGCCCCCUAUCGUGGAGUUGGACUCUAAUGAAGCCGCGGCAUCUUGA